GCGUGUGUGUGUUGAGUGGACUGCCACCUGCCUCAUUGUCACACUCUGCGUCCCGCACGCACGCACUCACACACAUACACGAUUCUCACACACACACACACACACACACACACACACACACACACACACACACACACACACACACACACACACACACACACACACACACACACACACACACACACGCACGCACACACACACACACACACACACACAUAGUUGUUACAUAACCACGUGGCUAACUGUUAAGACCUUAAACUGAGAGUGCAAAAUAUCUAAAACUAAGGGCCAUGUGUCGUAGUGUGGGCGUCGUGUUGAUGGUGGUGUGUGGCCUGGCUCGCGCCCUCCCACAAAUGCCUCCAGCUCAGACCACCGGGCAAAACUACGUGGCCAGGAGCGACCAUAUCCUCCACCACGACCACACAACCAGACUCGCCCAAAACAACAGAGAAGACAACUUCACCACUAACGCCUACAAAGCUGGCAAAAGCCACGCCUCCAGAAACGCCUACAGUGCCUCAGAUAAACACAGUAUCAGAGAAAGUCACACUUACAGAGGUGCCCAUUCGACAAGAGGAGCUCACGUUACAAGAAGCGCCCACACUAGGAGAGGCACAGACGCCACCAGAGUUAGGUCUACAAGCACCCUAAAAGUGGCCAAAAUACGACGAACGGAGCCAAUUUUGAGGCUUGAUGAGGUGGACCGUAAUAAAUUUCCCAACAUUUCUGACUAUGUGUUGCAAAACGUACAGGACUACCCGCCGGAGGCUCAGAAACUGCUGCAGGAGGACCACCAAGAUCCCGAGGUGACCGGAGGCUUCUUCCAAGGAGACAUGGCGGGACUGACCUUCGAGUUCCUGGGGUCGACGCGGGUGGGACUGAAUUGGAACGUGUUCCCGGAGCGCCGCUGGACCAACGCUACUGUGCCUUAUGUCAUCAGUGACCACUACCUGCCGAGGGAGCAGGAUAUGAUCGAGCGAGCGGUGGCAACCAUCAACUUUAUGACCUGCGUCAAGUUUGUCCCGUGGGACGGAGAGGCCCGCGACUACGUGCUCUUCUGGCCAGCCAAAAAGCCUGCGGGCUGCUGGUCGUUCGUCGGGAAACGCGGGGGUCAGCAGGUGGUGUCCCUCCAGGCUCCAGAUUCUCACUCCAAGCGCUGCUUCAUCUCCCUGGGGAAGCCCAUCCAUGAGAUGCUGCACGCCCUGGGCGUCUUCCACGAACAAUCGCGCGCUGACAGAGACGAACAUGUCACCAUACUCAAACACAAUAUCAUUCCCAAGUACUUCAACAACUUCGGCAAGCAGAGCGCCGACAACACCACCUUCCCUUACCACUAUGACUACAACUCCGUCAUGCAUUACGGCGACAACUUCUUCAGUUAUUCCCGGUACCAACCGACCAUCGUGGCCAAGGUCGAGGGCGUCACACUGGGCCAGAGGAUCAUGCUGAGCAAGCUCGACUGUCUCAAGCUCAACCACCUCUACGGCUGCCUAGACCAACCUCACCUUAGACAAAAAUACACCAGUUUUUGCAAAUAUUUGGGUUUAUGAUGAAACUGUUCCCCUCAAAUGUGAUGAUGUGGUGUUUGGUUAUAUGUGACAUCAGAGGCUUCCUUGUAUGUACAUUGUUAAAGAAUUUAGUGUGUUGUGUGUAUGUGUGUGUGUGUGUGAUUGGAUAUUGGAAGAAGCCCACCAGGCUUCCAUCAUUUUCUUGAUUUCCGCUAUCCGUCGUGGGCAUUUUGGUGAUCCCACAGUAUGCUCGUCUCUACAUAGGAUGCAUUUUGCGUUUUUUUUUUCGAUGCAUUCCUUGAAAUGAUGAACGUCGGUGCAAAUGCUGCCCUUUCCAACCUAUUGAGUACAUGUCCUUGUUUAAUGGUCAAGUUGGAAACAUUGUCGCACUGUUUUAUUCGGAAGUGUCUGGAUCGGUGUCAAUAAUAUACCAAAGCACUUUAAGCCAGAUCCUUCUGCAAGAGUUGCUUGAACUGGAAACUAGAACGUUUGAUUGUUAUGAGCUAGUUUCCAUCUCUUCUGAUAAUUAUGCAGAAAUAGCAGUCAAUGUCAGGUUAGAUUGCUUUCGAUGAUCUCGGUCGGUUUGUCGGCUAUCCACGAAUUUAUUCGUUUAACAAAUUCGGUCCGAUCAACUUGGAAACGUCUUGUGGGAUGCGCAAGACACUGGCUUCUCGUAGUGCGGCCAGAAUUCAAGGUUAAGUACUCUUUUGAAGGGAUUCGAGAAAACUAGUGUAGAGAUCAUCGCCGGUAUCAGAGAUGUGGACAGGUGCCACGUUGGUAAUGCCGCCGAGAACGUCCAGUAUAUUUCACUCCGGGUUUGCUUGCGGGUGCCUCGGGGCCGGAUUUUGAUUUGUUAAUCAUUGUGAUAAUACCAUUAGGAGAGUACUAUAAGACAAAUACAAGCAAUUCCUACACAGAGGUUUAAUUGCUAAUGUCUCAACGACAAUAAUUAAAGACGUGAGAACGCUCUUGAGGAUGCAAGCUUGCAAUCUUCUCCUUCGGAUACCUGACACUACUUUAGAAAGUAAUCCAAUACAACAAUACCUUUAGUGACAAAUUAAAUGUCAGAUCCGUCUUAAACCCUGACAUACGUUGUUCUGAAUUCAAAAACACCCGCCAACUGGUCCCCCCCCCCCAAUAGCAAUCCUAGUGGUCUGAUUCAGUGCGGGUCCUCUCAAUGCUGUCCAUUGAUUGGGUCGCUGAAUUACACAUCGCUUAUUGGUCAAUGCAAUAUUUCCAGCUGUUUGGUUCCUACUAAUCUGUUAACAUUAAUUUCAAAUGCAACGGCGUUAACUUUUCAACCUUGUUCAGGCUGACACAUUAAUAGUAAUGUGCGGUGCACACACAAUAAAUCUAUGAAACAAUAAAAUUUAUAAUAUAAAGUUGAUGCCUAAUGAAUGUCUGACACGUACAGUAAGAAUAUUACAAAGUUCUAGGGCUCCUGUAACACUGCAAGAAUGUAGAUCAGGCCAAAUAUGUCUGGAGAGGCGGACGGUUGAGUUACUAAGAGUUGAACAGAUCAACUGCUGACACAUGGAACUAAUCCUGUGAUAAUUUAUUGUGUGCAUGGAAAUGUAAUAUUUUAAAGCAGGAUUAAGUAUUAUGUUUGAGGGAAUGAACAACAUUAUUUAUAUCCUGAAAAUACAAAUAGGAAAUAACAACAAGUAAUAACUCAUGCACUUCACAAAAUUUACAUAACAUUAACAGCAGCCUCUUCCUUUUUGACAAUGUUCAAUGUAGGAGUUUCUCAAACACGAAAUGUUUUGACUCGGUUGGUACAAGUAUUACCAGACACUAUGGCGAGUGCUGACGUAUGAGGAGAUACCAGCGAGGUACUUCUGUGAGCUCCCAGCGACUGCUACUCCGAGAGGUAUGAUGGAGAGUAGGAGAAGCCUAGCGAGAUAUGUGCGAUAAUGACGGCAUAAGACACAGUAAACGUGAGGUCGUGGCAUUAGUGUGGGUCUUACAACAAGGCCUUUGGCUCAUCAUUUUUCCCCAAUACUGGCUGCAUAAUUCAGCCAAACUUAGCCCAGAUAUGCCGUAGACAAUAUUCAAAAUGUUGAUAAUAAAAAUGGACCGUCUUCAGCCUUGAACCGAAUCAUGUCAAUAAAGUUUGUAAAGUCA